AUGAAAAGCGCAAAUGAUGAGCCGGUACACCACGAAGAUACUACAACAACUUCACAUCCUGAGGUUUCGCAGUCCAUCACUACAAACCCUGAGGUUCCCUUAUCUGUGCCCAAAUUUACACCCACUUAUAAUGAUUUCUUCCAAACUCCUCCCCAAUCACCUGAAACCACCACUACAUCCAUCACCAUUGCACCUUGUCCGCCUCUCAUAGUUUUGCAACCUCUGCGCAAUGAUCCCCUAUCAACCCCCUUAUAUACCGAUUCCAUCACCACCACAACCACCAGUGAACCUCUUGUCACUGUCAACACAUUUAAUGUCGGGGUAGGAGCUUCAGGUGAUGGAUUUUAUUUUGAGGCUUUUCACUACAGUACCUUCAGAUUUCAAGUGGAUAGUGAUGACGACGCUCCGAUCACUCAGUGGUAUCUCAAGGCAAUCAACAAGAAACUGGAUUCGUUGAUAAAUUCCUCCACUGCUUCGCCCAGUGAUGUGUAUUCGCAAGCAGUUAUCAAGGCAAUGUUUGACACUUUGACGAAAGAGCAUACUGAGAGCUUAGGAAAGGCAAACAAGGCUGUAGAAGAUUCAGUAGCAUCCUAUCAAGCAACGAUCGAAAAAAUGGAAAAACUAAUUUUUGAAACUCAAACAUUCAUGACGAUCUUCCAGAAUUCCUUCGAGAAAAACACUUCCAAAGUGAAUGAGAGUAUUAUUCAUGAGUUUACUCUCGCUGAUCUUCCGUGUCUUAACCCCUAUGACUAUAUAGUUUUGUUGCAUUUCCUUUUGUGGGAAGAGAAGAAAUAUGAGUUGAUAGUGGAGCAUAUAAAGAGGAUGUUAGGUUCGUACAUCUAUGAAGUUGCAAAACUUGAGAGUGAUAUCGCCACUGUAAUGCAUCAAAAGGCAGUUGUACUUCCCCAUAGCUCAGAAAGUGAUGUUAACAAGAUGCAGAUGGGGAAGAUAGACAAAAACAACUAG